CCUCUUUGGUCUCUAAACUUCUACAGCAACUAUUGAGAGUAACGAAUUAGACCAGGAUGAAGAUUCACGGCGAAGAACUUCUCUAGCUAUUUCUACAAGAGGUUUAGAUCGUAAAUAAAAAUAAAACUUUUAUUGACUCUAAAAAAUCAAGUUUUCAUCAAAUUGCACUUCAAAGGCAAGAUUCCAGCCCUUCGAAACUUGGAAAUGGCUCCCCAUUGAAAUUUGAAAGAAGGAGAGAAUCAUUGUAUUAUGAGAGCAUUCAGAAGAAAAUUUAUGAUCAGAUAACUCAUAUUCAGGAACGGGAAAUUAUUGAUAAUAAGGUCAGAGCUCUGAAAAGAGUUAAGCUGUUUGAGAAUCUUGAUGAAGAUACUAUUGAGAAUUACUCAUACUUGAUAGAAGAGAUAAGCUACAAGCAGAAUGAGCAUUUAUAUAAAUAAGGGAGAUUUAGUUGAGUACCUUUAUAUCAUUUAUCAAGGUGAGUUUGAGGAAUCUAUCCCAGCAAAGGAAGCAACAACAAUCUCUCCAAAUUCUAAAGCAAUACAAUUUUUACCUAGAAAGUCAACAUAUUUUGAUGAAAUGAAACUGUUGGAAGCAAAGACUAAGAUUUCGAGAGUAACUCCAGGAAAUAUUUGUGGUGAUAUUGAAAUUUAUGAACACAAGAGUUGAUAUAUCUCUUCGGUCAAAUGCGUCAGUCCUGAAGCACUUGUCUUCAGGAUGAUUCUCAGAGACUUCCAGUUCAUCCUCAGUAGUAUUUUCAUAUCAACGAUCUUUGAGGAAGAAGCAAAGAGGAAGUUAGAAAGGAACAAUAAAUUCAUGCUUUCGGAUUCCAAAUUUGACCAAAUCCAUAGAGCCGAGGCUAGUCAAGAAAGCUUAUUUAAGACAAAAUGUAGUAAUAAGAAGAUUAUUUACCAAACCACUGGUAGAUAUGGGUAUAAAAGUUUCUCAAAGAAUAAUCUUACCAAGCACUUGGCUCCGAGAAGAGAAAAUGACGAAACAGUCCAGCAGGACAAACAUCAGAGCAUUAAAGACAAUAUCUUUUAUAAAGAUAACGUUCCUUUGAGAAAUAUCAGCACUGUUGCAGGUAGAAGACAAAAAUUAAUACAGAAGAAGAUAAGCCUUCUUCAGCCAUACGCUAGAUAUCAUGAGAGAAGAAUUUCAACUUCUGAAAAUCAAAGAGUUAAAGUAGUCAAAGCAGUUAGCUCUGAAGGGAAAUAUGCAACCCAAGACUUCCUAUCAGAAAAUGCUAUUAUGAGUGAUAACAGGAGGAAUGUGCUAGAAAGAAAAAUUAAAUCAUCUCUGAAGCAUCAGAUAUUAUACUCAGUUUCUCCUGAGAAAAUAGUUGAGCACUAUCAUUCAGUCAAAAAUCUAAAUAUGAUCAGGAAUAAGAUGAUGAAGGGAGAAAACCUGUUCAAGCCUAAUGCAGAGCAAGUUACUGGACAGGCUGAAGGUCCAAAACCAACUAACAAAGUGAAAAACUUUGAUACUCAAAAUACUACCUCAAGCAAGGACUCUGAAGAGACCUCUUCAAGAGCGACCAGUAAUAUUUUUCAUGAGAUUCCCAUUAAGCGAGUGACUAAGACCGAUAAGAUCCUGAAUAAGAUGGAGCUAGGAGAAUACACAGAUAUGAUCUUUUACCCAGUAACUAGAUCAAAACAAAGGAGAGUCGACCAUUCCAAUAGUCAAGAGAAUUUAAGUAAUGAGAAAGACCAUCGAGCACCUAAGGUGAGGGUCAAGAAUAGGAAAAGAAAUAAGAAGUCGAAAAUAGGAAGAGAAGGCAAUAAUAUGCUAAGAGGAGCCAUUCCUAUUAUACAGCCUUGCUUUACUAAGAAGCCUUUAGUAUCUAGAAGGAAUACGAAGAGGUCAACUACCUUUAUUAAAGCUUUUGUGUGAAGACCAUUCACUAAGGACGCUCGUCGUGAAAAGCCUCUAUCCAGCUCAUUCAGAUCAUCUUCUCAAAAUCUAAAAGUCAUAGGAAGUCAAUCUAAACCUCAGGAUGCUCUCCAGCCAUCUAAAAUUGCCUCAGAGGUCUCUAAAUCCCCACUGAACAUUUCACUUAGCAAUAACCACGCUAUUGAAACUAACAAGAAUUUCACCAUCUUCUUGAACCAGAGGUUGAAGAAAUCCAUGGUUUAAUUUUAACUGAGCUAAUCAUGAACUAAGCCUAGUCCCUGAUCCUUAUUAUUCCUACAUGUAGCACAGAUCUACUAGUUUAGUUCCUAUUUCUCAAAUAUAUUCAUGGGCUAAAAUCUCAAUUUGA